ACUGCACGCCUGCUGCUGUGUGUCACAGCUGUGUAUUUGUAGCUGUUAUCCUCUGUCCUCCACGGUCAGAGAGUUGUCUUGGUACAAUGCUGCUGGCGGCGCUGAGCUGGCUGAGCUCCUCUCUUCUCGUCUUCGUCUGCGGAGGAAAACUUCCAGAGGCCGAGGUGAAGAUAGACGUCCUGCACAGACCUUUCCUUUGCCACCGCAAAUCCAAGUACGGAGACAUCCUGCUGGUGCAUCAGGAGGGCUAUUUUGAAAAUGGCACUUUGUUCUACUCCAGUCGUAUCAAUGGUGACAAACAGCCAGUGUGGUUUACACUGGGCAUCAGGGAAGGCAUCAAGGGCUGGGACGAAGGCCUGCAGGACAUGUGCGCUGGAGAGAAGAGGAGACUAGUCAUACCUCCAGCUCUGGCCUACGGGAAGGAAGGGAGAGGUAAGAUCCCACCUGAGAGCACCUUGACCUUCAUCAUCGAGGUGAUGGAGAUCAGAAAUGGCCCCAGGUCGCACGAGUCCUUCCAGGAGAUGGACCUCAAUGAUGACUGGAGGCUCUCCAAGCAAGAAGUGAAAGAAUACCUGAGGAAGGAGUUCGAGCGUCACGGCUACCCUCCCAACAACACUCAACAUGAGCAAAUGGUGGAGGAUAUCUUCGCCAAAGAGGAUGAGAACAAAGAUGGCUUCAUAUCCUCCAGAGAGUUUACUUACAAGCACGAUGAACUUUAAAAUCCCUCGGCGUCCCAUGACUCACUCAGCGUCCUUCUCCAGUUUUUAUUCAUUUGCCGUGGAAACGCUUUAUUGUAGAGCAACGUGAAAUCGCCAGGGCGUUCUCAGGUUACAUCAGUGUUUCAGUUUUGUACAGGCUUUGUACUCGGCGGUGUGUGAAACUUAUGUGUGGUAGGGCCAUGAGGUUAUUAAUGUACUGCUUUUAGUGUUUUAUCAGUUUGGUAGAUCAUUGUGGUUUUGUGUGCUUGGCUAUAGGAGCUCAUUGUGAAUCACUUAUAUUUGCUCCUCUUGAGACCAUGGUCAGCCCCACUCUCUUAAAUUCUAAAAACAUCUUAACACUAUACAAAUCCAGAAAAAUAAUUCAUUGUGUCCUGCAUCUGAAUUUUCAAGAAAAAAAAUUAUCUGUUUCUAUAAUCAGUAUAACUAAAUGUCUGAUGAAAAAAAAAUAAGGAAAAGCAACUGACUGUAUUAUAAGUGAGAAUCUUAAAUGAAAUGAGAUGCAUGAGACUCUGAGAUGUUUGUGUUGCUAUGUAGUUUUGAAAAAAACAGAAUGAACUUGCCCUCUUCAAUGCGCACACAUCCUCUUUAAUAGUUUAUUUUUAUUCUCUUUUUUUAUGUAGAGAUGAGUGCAGUUUCAUUCUGGUUUUUCAAACACCAAAGCUCAAUUUAACAAUGAACUGGAAGCUGCUUUGAAAGUUUACAUAUAGGUGAAUCUUAAACCAUAAAGUGCAUUAAGUCUCUGGAAUGUAAUAUUUUGUACUAUCAUGAUGUCUACCAAGUGUCCUUCUGUCAGUAGAGCAACACUACAAAGAGUUUUGGCUCUUUUUUUCUAGCUUUGGAUACAAACAAAUCAAGACUAAAUUCUCCAAGGUCAUAAGGUUAUCAUGACUGUUAUUACAUAUUUUCAAGUGUGUGUGUAGUAUGUAGGAAUUUUGCAAUAAAUAAAACAACCAU